AUGAGCUUGAUCGAUAAGUUUGCGAAUGUGGAGGGAGCAGUUCUGUUUCAGCGGGCCGCUCAGCCAGAAGUGUACUGUAUGGCCUGGUGCUAUCUUGGCCCAAGUCACAGAACAACCUCCGCAGGCAUCGGCCGAAGGCGACCAGAGGGGCCAUUGAGAGGCCGCAGAGGAAGAAUGGAUGUCGAUCCAAGUCCUGCGCUGGAGGCACAGCGGAAGGCUCACCCAGAGCUCUCCGAGCAGCUGGAUAAGAUGCAGAAAUUCGUAAACAGCAAGCUGUAUCACCAACUCACCCAGACUCUCCUGGAGUACCUUGUAAGUCCUCCCUUUGCUGCUGCCACGCCCGCGGUGGCGGCAGAGUUGAAGGACUUCUUCGAGGGCUUCAUAAAGGCCUUUGAGGUGAGAUUCGACAAAGUGCGAUGGGUUCAGAUUCUUUCAAUCGUGGGGAAGCCGCAGACGCCGGUCGUGGCGUUGGAGCUGAUCGCUCCUUUCGAGGCCACCAUGGCCGAGAACCGCGAUGCCAAGUUUCUCUGUCAGGCUCUCAAGGGCGAAAAGCUCAUCCUGUCGGGAGACACGGAUUCCGCCAAGGAGCUCUUGGAAAAUUUGGGGCUGGAGAUAGACAAUGCCUACGAGGUGCAAGCGCUCAUCCAGUCCCAUUUCUACAAAACCAAUGCUUUGCUUUGGAAGACCCUGGGGCGCUCGCAGGAGUUUUACAAGAGCUCCAUUCUGUACCUGGCCUUCACGCCUUUGGAAGCGAUUCCUUUGGAGGAGAGGCCACAGAUUGCUUUCGACACGGUGAUAGCAGCGCUGGUCGCCGAGGAGGAAUUCAACUUUGGUGAACUCACCCAGCAAGCGAUCAUCCAGUCUCUCGAUGGCUCGGCGUUUGCAUGGGUCAGAGAUCUCCUGCAGGCGUUCAGCGAGGGCAAGUUUGACUUGUUCGAUGCGGCCAUCGCCAAGAACAGAGCGCAGAUGGAGGCAAGCCCUGAACUGAAGUCAGCGGAGGUCACGCUGAGGCGGAAGAUGUGCGCUCUCUCGCUCAUGGAGCUGGCUUUCAGGAAGCCGAAGAAGCAGAGGCGCCUAAGCUUCUCCGAAAUCGCGCAGCACUGCCGAGUGCUUUGCCUGCAAAUCAAGUUCUCAAGAUUCUAG